AUGUGGAAGAUAGAAAAUGAAGAUGAGGAAUGGACCAUCUUUAUGAGAGCCAAGUAUAAAGAUAAAAAUAGUGAGUGGAUAAAAUAUCUUAAGCAAUCAUCAAUUGGGCCUGGUAUUAAAUGGAUUAUGUCAGAGAUGGAUGAAGGUAGCAGAUGGAUUGUGGGAGAUGGACGCAAAGUUUCUGUUUGGAAUGAUAAAUUGAUCAAAGAUUUUGCUUUAAUUGAAAGACAUGUUGAUGAUCAGUUUAUAAAGCAACGUGCCGAGCUAAAGGUCAAAGACUUAAUUCAAAAUGGUCAAUGGAAAAUUCCAAUACCUAUGCUGCAGUAUUUUGAUAUUAGUGAAAUACCAAUUCAGAAGUAG